AUGGAAGAGGAUCAAGCGAAGAGCCCAGAACACCAAGCGAAGAGGAAGAAAGAGAAGAAAGAGAAGAAAAAGAACGAAAACGAGACCCAGAUGGAAAAGAACGAAAGCGCUGGUGACGUGGGCGAUGAGGAGACCACCCCCAAGCCAACGGUCGCGAAAGUGCCACAGCUGGUGAAGCGUCGCACGCUGCUCGUCAUUGGCGGCAAGGCCUCCAUCGACUGGCCGGCAGUGUUCAAAGGCGCCACAUUGCACGCUGGACUGGUCGACGUAACCGUUGAAAUGGCCUCCUGGGAAGAUAUUAGGAUGGUGUCAUACAGCGACUGCGGGUGCGUGGUGGACAUCGCUCCGGCGGGCGGCAGUCGCAAGUCCAUCACCCCAGACUUCCUACUCGUCCGCAGUGCCCUACAGGGCGUCUUUGGCCAGGACUACAGGAACAGGCUCUACGCGUUCAUGCACUCCAACGUGCCGUCAGUCAACACCCUGGAUUCGCUGUACCUGUGCCAAAACAAGCCGAUCGUCUACGGCAAGCUGAAGGCCAUCCAGAAGGUGCUCGGCAAGGAUGAGUUCCCGCUCAUCGAGCAGGCUUGCUAUGCGGACUGGAAGGCGAUGACCUUCUGUUCGGGCUUCCCCAUCGUCGCCAAACUGGGCACCGCUCACGCCGGGUUUGGAAAGAUGAAACUGAACAGCCAGAGCGAGUUUGAAGACUUUCAGAGCGACUGGGACUACGACUUCAGGAUUCAGAAGAUCGGCGACAACUACCGCGCGUUCCGGAGGUUUUCGACCAACUGGAAGGGCAAAGGCUUCAGCCAGAAAGACGAGGACAUCCCAGUCACGCCCCAAUACAAACGUUGGAUUGAUUUGGCGAGCAAGGCCCUGGGGAUGGAUGUCUGCGCGUUGGACGGAGUGCACAGCCGGGACGACGGCAAAGAGUACAUCCUCGAGCUCAACGACUCGGCCAUUGGGCUCAACGCGCGCUACGAGGACGAGGAUCUUCUCCACAUCCGCGACCUCGUGCUGUUCCGUAUGACCCAGGCGUUCCCCUUGCCCACGAACGAGUUGACUGAGUCACAAGACGCGGACGAAGUAGAAGACGAGGACAGUAUCGAUGCGCUGAAGGAGAAGAUCGCCAAGCUUCAAGUCAAACUCGAUCAGGUGACGGGCGAGAAGAAUGCGCUGCUGGCCGCACAGGCAGAGAAGACGCCCAGCAAGAAGUCGGGUGAGAAGGACAAAGGCCACAUGUUUGGCUUUGGGUGGAAGAAGUCAGACAAACACUGA